GAUGCGAAGGAGGUGAUCUUCUGGCAGAACCAUGUUGCUUUGAAGCCGGAUGUCUCCAUGUGCCUGUGGCGAUACCUUAAGCAGAGGGUCUCGGAUGCUGGCGACUUUCCCUUCAACCUGGUCUUCAAAAAUGCGACCAGGAUGGCUACCUAUGCUGGGCUCAGCAGUCGCUUUGCAGCAGCGGUGCUUUUCCCUCACGAUGUGGGCAUGAUCUCCUUCGACGAUCUCUACGCAGUGGCACUCCCCAUCUUCAUGCCAGAGCCAGAGCUCAUAGCAACCAUCGCUUAUGCACAGCUGGCGAGCACCAGGAACUAUCCCUGGUAUCUCCUGCGCGAGCAGCACGCGCAGCUUCACUAUGCACCUGGGUGUAG